AGCUGCCCAACAGGACCCCGGUGCGAGAGAGCGGCUAACACCCUCUGCUGCGGACUUCCUGCCAGCCACAUACAGAUGAGCCCAUGCACCAUGCCAUCCUGCCACGCUGCCAUCAUCUCCCUGCUGCUAAUCCUGACGGCUUCCCCACGCUGGAGCUACAAGGCCAUCGGGCCCGGCUGCCAUCUGCACCCAUUUGAUGUAACCAUCAAGAGUGACCGCCGUGGGACCUGCCGUGGGACCCAUGUGGUCCAGGCCUGUGUGGGCUACUGCGAAUCCAGCGCCUUCCCCUCCAAGUACUCCGUCCUGCUGGCCAGCAGCUUCAAACACAACAUCACCUCUGUGUCCCAGUGCUGCACCAUCAGCAAGAUGCAGAAGAUCAAAGUCCGCCUGCAUUGCAGGGCCAUCCGCCAUGAAGAGAUAGAGAUCUUCACCGCCACGAGCUGCCAGUGCGACAUGUGCCGUCUCUCCCGAUACUGACUGGGCCAGGGAAGCCCUCUUCUGCGACACCCAGGAACCCACAGGCUGGACUUGUCUAGAACUGUGCAUAUUAACAUGUGUCAGCAGAGGCUACUGCAGUCCAUACCAAGCUUGCUUUGCCACCACCAGGGGGCACCACAUCUGCUCCCAGCUUUACCAAGAGCUUCAAUUUGCCAGCUUGCUGCUGCUGUAGGUUUGUCUUUGCAAACAGAUACCAUCAGCAGACAGCCCCCAGCUGGACAAACCAUAGAGCCAGGCUCCCCAACACAAGCAGGGCUGUAAAUGGGUGCUGCCUGUACACUGGGCCUAGUCAGAAAAAUUCAUGGGCUCCUUUCCCCUCUGCUGUGCUGCCAAGAAGCUAAUACCUGAUCUCAGGUUAAUGUACCUGGCUAGAGCAUAAAAUAUGUUCCUUCCUGACCCCUAGAGAAGAGAUCAGCUCAUGCCUUGGACCCUGAGAGUUGAUUGUCACUCUCAGGAAAGAUCCCGGCAAGGACAGGCCUGAUUCCUGACCCCAUAACAAACAGAACCCUUUAAGGUCCCUUUAUUUACCAAGCAGAGCAUCCUAGUACUGAACCUGAACCUAGGCCUCCUAGGGAGUCUAUGGAAGGAAAAUAGGUCCCCGUUGCUCAUUUUUAUAUGGGAGUGCCAGAGGCAGAGCUAGAGACAUCGCUCCACCCUGCACACAUCUCACCUCACCCACACCUGGGAAAAGGCCUGUUGGAGCUGGUAUAGCUACCAGAGGGUGUAGUGGGGUAGCCAGAGGGCUGUGUUUGAUACGCAGGCGAUAUGGGAUCUAGUUGUUCUGAGUUGCUGUGUGACCAUGCGCAUGUUCUUUCUUCUUACUGUGCUUCGGUUUCUUCUCCCAUCAUUUGCCUAUUUAGAUUGUGAGCUCUUAAGGCAAGAACUCUCUUUCACUAUGUCUGUGCACUACAUGGCCUGAUGGGGGCCUGGAUCUUGGUCAAGGUCUCUAGCUGUGACACUAAUAUGAAUAAUAAUGCU